CUUUAGUGGGCGGGCCUAGCCUGCCAUUUAAAGAGUGCUGCUGUGUGAUUCAGUGCAGAGGAGGUGUGAGUUGGAUGUCAGGAAGCUGUUGAAUCUCUUACAGACAAAAGAUGUUGAGGACCACUAUAUGCCUGUUGGUGGGAGUGUGUGGGUUUGUGUCUUGCAUCACAUGUCCUGAUGGGAACACCUGCCCUGAUGUCACCACCUGCUGUAAGACUUCACAUGGAUAUAGCUGUUGUCCGUAUCCCAAUGCUGUGUGCUGUGACGACUUGAGACACUGCUGCCCCUCAGGCUAUCGGUGUAACUUGGUUACCCAGAUGUGUGAGAAACUAAACCAGCCAUGGUUGACCAUACCCAUGGUGAAGAAAGAAGCUGCAGAGAAACCAAGCACCCCUGUUAUACCCAUCUCUCCCCUUCAGGAGCUCAAAAGCAACCCAGACCAAACAAAGGCUUCAGUUGUCCACUGUGACAACUAUUACGCCUGUCCUGAUGGCACAAGCUGCUGCAGACACCCAACAGGGGCCUGGUUCUGUUGCCCCUACUCCCCUGCCAGGUGUUGUCUGGAUGGCUACCACUGUUGUCCAUAUGGGUACGACUGUGACCUUACUUACACGCACUGUGUGAGGCAAGGCCUGAGAUAUCCUUUCACCCCUAAAAAAACUCUAUCUUCAAUCUCUGCAUCUCUCAUUUCUACCCCAGAGGACCAAGACCGCCUGCAGGAGACACCCCUGACAGCUCUAACAGAGGCUAAUGACAGCGCCUUUGAGACUGGAGUCAUUCGCUGUGAUUCCAAGUUCUUCUGCUCACCAGGAAAAACUUGCUGCAAGGGACCAACAGGCCAGUGGAACUGCUGUCCCUACCCACUGGGUCAGUGUUGUACAGAUGGUCAGCACUGCUGUGAAUAUGGAUAUACCUGCGACCCCAGCUCCAUGACAUGCAGAGGAUUGUACUCUCGGAUCCCCUCAGGAACACAAGAAGAGGCCAAACUAUACUGAGGACAUGUUGUUCAUGUUCUUGCACUAUGACAGCUUUGUCAUCACUGGUACAGAUAUAACCAUGCAUUAUAGCUUCAGCAGAUAAAAAUGAUUACAAACUGAUACAAUUUUUUUAUUUUUUUUUCACAGACUUAUAAUACAGUGUAAUGAGUAAAUAAUAUGUUUACAACAUCAUAUGAUUGUUUCUCUUAUCUUUGAUAUAUUUCAUUUUUAGAUGAAUUGUACUAUAUAUCUGGUUACUGUAAGGGAAGAAAUGUCAACAUUCAUUUUCAGACCUAAUCUAGCAUGAUUUACUACAGCUUUGUAUCCACUGCACUGUUACUGUACAUAUGAUGAAUAUGAUGAAUGUUUAAUCUGAGGAAGUUUUUUUUUGGAAA